GCGCGUUUCUCUCGCACCUGUCGGUGGUUGUGGUAUAGCCUCGAGUUCCGGACGAGUGCGAGAACUCGAACGGUAAGCGCGAAGAAGAGCUGUCAUCGAUCCCGAGAUGAUACGUCGUCUAUGUCGAAUGCGUCAUGCGCCAACUGUCGCGGUAACAACGAUAAGCACACGAGCGUGUAAUUUGAGUUCGAUUCCAAGGGUUAUGCAGAAUCGAAGGAGAUAACGUGCUGCUCGCUGCAAACGUGGCGCAGAAGCAGACUUGGCCGCAGUGUUUCGUCGAAUGCAGUGACGCGAGAAUGGCCGAGGGACCGGAAUUGAGUUUCUUCGAUUUGCGUACGGUGCACGAUCAUUUCGAUCAGGCCCUCUUGGAAAAUGACGAUAUCGAUUUGAAGGCGUAUCUAGACGCCUACAAUGAGCUGUACAAAUUUUUUCAGUUAAUGGGCAGUGUCUUCAGUUUCGUAUCAUCUGAUCUGAAGCAAAAAAUCGACGUAUUGAUCGAGUUGAGAAACAGAGAUAAUCAGAAUUACACAACUAUCAAGACCAUGAUCGAGUACGAGAGGGAUAACAAACUGCUGGAGAAGGCCGACUUCGUCAAUGGCGCGCGUACUUUGUUACGGUUGCACAGAGGCUUAGAUUUUAUUAGGCAAUUUUUGCGGCAACUUGGUGACCUCACAGACAUCGACAAGACGUCCGGUUGUUGUCAGGAUGCUUACAACAAAACCCUAGCGAAGCAUCACCCGUGGAUGAUCAGGAAAGCUGCGAUAGUCGCCAUGUAUACUAUGCCAACUAGGGAGAUGUUAUUCAAGAAGGUCUGUGGUGAAAACGUCCAACGAAACAUAGACGUUUUGCCGAAGAUGUUGGAGGUGACUGCCGACGUGUUCGACCGCACGCAUACAAUCUACGAUAUUUACAAGCUGCAUACGCUACCAUAAGCUAUAGUAGAAAGAGAGAAAGAGAAAGAGAGAGAGAGAGAGAGAGAGAGAGAGCGGGAAAUAAGAAAUAUCUAUAAAGGCGAUACUGCAUUUUGUCGAUGUUUUCAUAGCUUCUCAAGACACGACACACGACAUUCCGCACGCUGGAGAUAUUGUGAUAUACGUAUAAUUACCGUACUUUCGGUGUAAUAAAAUAAGCACACUCAGUUUUGAGGAUACGUACUUCUUUUACGCGGGCGGUAUUUACAGUUUUACGUAUACUGACGAUGUACAAAUAGUAGGUACGCACGUACGAUAAGUAUAUCACUUUUUUUAUAAGACGACCUGGUCGCGUUUCAGCUAAAAGCGCAUGCGCGCAUAAUUAAUUACGCCAAGCGAAAAAGUCUGAGUAUCACGUCGUUUCUCUAUCCCGGUUGAACCGGUGAUCUCGCAUGUAUUAUUUACAAUCUGUAUUUCGAUGUUUCUAUAACAGUAUUGUAUGAAAACUCAUCGGAGAUAAAGGGAGGGAACGUAACAAUACUAUAA